AACAGCUCAUGUUAUUUUUCACUCAUCGCCUGAUUAGUCGCGGAUUUAUUCCACUCGUUCUGAAUUCUAGUGAUUGCAAAGGAAAAAUGCUCGGAAAAUCCUUACUCGUUCCGCUACUGUUGGCAGUGGCCGCCCUUCUCGUGUGCCCCACCGCGGGCGAUUCCUCCAUCGACGAGCUUGACGAAUCCGGUCGAUACGCCAUCGAGGGCCGAGUCUAUCCCCCGGAGCUGUUCGGCGGGUCCGAUCUUACCUGGCAAAUCGAUACGCAGAUCUCCAUCAACGGAGGUGAGUACAAAGGAUUCCUCAAGGACGACGGUUCGUUCGUGAUCAGCUCGGUUCCGUCCGGGAGCUACGUGGUGGAAAUCCUCAACCCGGACUACUACUACGAAUCGGUGCGGGUGGAAAUAAAUCCCAAGGGCAAGUUCCGCGCCCGGAAGCUCAACUACGUGCAGCCGUCGCAGGUCGUCCAGGUGCCGUACCCGCUGAAGCUGAAGGCCCUGACCCGGUUCCGGUACUUCCAGCAGCGGGAACAGUGGAAGAUCACCGACUUCCUGUUCAACCCGAUGGUGCUGAUGAUGAUCCUGCCGCUGCUCAUUAUGCUGGUCCUGCCCAAGAUGAUGAGCGAUCCGGAAACCAAGAAGGAAAUGGAGAACCUCAAUCUGUCGAAGAUGACGAACGACAUGCCGGAGAUCAGCGAGAUGAUCACCUCGUUCUUCACCGGAGGAGCUCCCGCAGCGGCGGCAGCAGGUGCCGUCAAGGACAAGGAAAAGACCAAAUCCGGGGCCAACAAGCAGAACAAGAAGAAAAAUUGAGAGAGACUGCUGCGGCUUUGCCUGUUUUCUUACGGCUUGUGAUGAGAUCUCGUGUCAUCAAUUUAGCAGAAUAUUAACGGUAGGUUGAAUACUAGUUUCUUUGUAUAAUUCUUCUUAGGAAUGGAAUGAGGAAUCCAGUUUGUAUAAUUAGCUAUUUAUUAGUGCGACAAGCGGACGAUGCCCGUGUAAUUGUGGAGUAGAAUGGUGAAUAAACUAAGGAGCUAUGCCCUCAAA